ACUUUAACCCUACUCACAACCGAACCGAGAGACACACAGGGGAAGAAGAAGAGGCAAGUAUCUAAGUCUAGGAGCAGCAGUUCAUUUCACUUUCAAUCGAGAUGAGUGAUGAUCGGAUUAGUGCAUUGCCAGAUGAAAUCAUUUGUCACAUUAUCUCUUUUCUCCCAACCGAAGAUGUUUUUACAACGAAUGUUCUUUCAAAAAGGUGGAGACCUCUAGGGGGGCUAUUACUUCACAAUCUCGACUUUGAUGAUCGUCGAUGGAGCCGUGAACUUUAUCCACGGUUUAUAAAUCUGGUAUAUCGAACCAUUUAUGCACGAAGUGUGCAAAAACCUAUCAAAAGGUUCCGCCUCAGAUGUGAUGGUAAUUCUACCUACGAGCCACUAGAAUCUGAUGUUGUGACGUGGUUAACUGCCGCUGCAGAACGUGGAAUGGAACACCUCGAUGUUCAUAUUUCUGAUAGACAUAAUUUAAAUUGUGUUUUUAGCUUCAAAAACCUUCUUGUUCUCAAGUUGAAAGUGAUACACAUUACUGCUAUGCUUAUUUCCACCGUUGACCUUCCCUUGCUUAAAACUUUACAUUUGAAUGGAGUUUAUUUAUCACAACAUUGGUUUCUAUUGGAAAUUCUUAACGGUUCUCCAAUUCUUGAGGAUUUUGAAGCAAAAAAUAUAUAUGUCCGACACUCGACAAAUGAGUAUGAUACAGAGUUUAAAAGGUUAACCAAGUUGGUCAAGGCAGACAUUUCUACUUUGUCUGUUUUCAAUGUUCCUUUGGAAGCCUUUUCUAACGUUGAAUUUCUUCGGUUAGAAGACUUCUAUGGAUGUGUUCCUGUAUUUGCCAAUUUGACUCAUUUGGAGAUUAUCUGUAGGAGUAAUGUUAAUUGGUGUUCGUUAUUUGAUGUGUUGGAGAAAUGUCCUAAGCUUCAGAAUCUUGUGCUUAAUAUGCCUCAACUUGUAACAUCACUUUCUUGUCUUUUAUGGUACCCAAAUAUAUUUCCCAAAUGCCUUUCUUCACAGUUCAAAGAGUGCACUAUUGAAAAUUACAGAGGACAACAACAUGAGUUGCAAUUUGUACAACAUCUUAUGCUGAAUUCAACAUCUUUAAAGAGGAUAACAAUAUGUAGUCCGCCAUCCAUGAAUCCCCAGGAGAUGCUUGAAAUGCAAAAAGAAUUAUCGUUCUUUACGAUGAACUCUGCGACAUGCGAACUUAGGUUUAAAUUUGUUUGAGUAGCUGAAAGUAAAUUUGUCAGCCAGACUUCAAUUUGAUGUAACAAUACUCAAAGUAAAUUUGUCAGCCAGACUUAAAUCAUAAACAGUAACCAAUUAUAAUUUAUUUUUUGAAGUUAUUGAUGGAUCUUGUGCAGCCAUUUGAGGUUGGCUAUCUUCACUGCCUCUGGUUGCAGCAGCAGCUGCUGUGGCGCUCCAUCCUGCCCGGUCUGAAUUUUUUAGGAGUUAGUUACAGUUUGUUAUGGCCUUUCUCUCCUUUGUAAUAAGGAGUCCUGAUAAUAUAAAUUAUGUGAUUUUUUUUUUU